GCGCGCAGCGAACUAUGUCCUAUCAAGUACAGAAAAGCUAGUUUUCAAUAACGCCGGCUGUAUAUUAACGAAGUAAUUAGAAUUGUCUGUGGAGGUUGUACUCCGCUGCUACGUCAAAUUGGUGCUGCAGUUCUCCCGCCUUACUUUGUGUAAACAAAUGCUCCGCGGAAAUUAACAAGUCCGGGCUGUAAGCAACAAAUGUCGAUUGCUGCCUUUAUAUUGGUGAUCGUUUUUGAAAACAUCGUGUUGUGCGAUGCACAGUGCACCAUACCAGAUGCAUAUGUUAAAACCUUGUUUGCUCUCGAAAAUGGCAAAGAAACCACAACGCAAAUACUCAAGAAUGAGCUUAUUCAAACUGUACAAAAGUUUAGAGGAACAUGCCAUUUAAUAGUUGCAGAAAACCGUCGACUUGAAAGUAAUGUGGAAGACAUUCUAGUACUGUUUAAGAAUGCAACUAACGACUGUUUCUUUUGUUACGAACUGAUUUUGCGGAGCCCGAAUGUCAUCCAGUACAGAAGGAGCCAAUGCAACACUCAGUUACCAAUGGAGAGUGAGACCGCCGUUUGCGAGAGUCUGCAAGAUGCUGAGCUUGAGACCGGUUUCGUGAGAGCUCGUGAAGAUUACUCCGAUUUCAACUGCAAAAGCAUACUUGAAGGAAUAUUUGCCUUUGACUAUCGAAUCGUUGGAAGCACUGGACUUUGCAGUAGUCCAUUUAGCACAAUUAAAGCCUGUCAAAGACAGGGGUCCCCGCUAAGAGACAAUUCCGUUUUUGAACAAACAUUCGGAUAUUGCCCUAAUUUCCAAGAUAUAUCAAUAUUAGAAGAUCCGAAUAUCGUUUUCGGGAAAGCAAAUAUUUGGCGCUGUUAUGGUCGCUGGACUGAUAAAAAUAACAACAUCUGGGCCGCAAUUGCUUACGACACGAAUCAGCUGAAGUUUAAAUACAGAUGUCUGACGACCAGAAUUGAUCAGCAAAAUCCAUAUGAUUUAUUCUACUGGGGAAUGUCAACGGAUUCGGAUUGCAAGGUAAUUCAUAAUUACCAAACAGCACCAAUUCGACUGGAACUUCGUCCUGCUUUCGAUGCGGAGCAACAGCUAGCAGAACUACAACCGGGAUGCAAACUGCCCACUAACUUUAGUGGUUCUUGGUUUUAUCCCAGUGAAUAUCAGACAACCGUGGUCAUCAACUCGACCCACAUCUUUAUGAGACGCAAGCGCGCCCAAUAUCUUUAUGAUGACAUCUACUAUGUGUGUCGGCAGCAGCAGGCAUCACGUUAUCUGAUGGCAGUGGUGACACUUGGAAAGUGCGAAACAGACUUCAUUUGCUUCGACUUCAUGCCACGGCAUCACAAUAUAAUUCGUUUCCGAAUGGGUCGCCCCUUUCCUCAUUUGCUACGCGAACGGGAGUCAAUGGGCGACAGUUACAUGCAAAAAAUGUAUCGUGAGGCGUGUCAUUGGAGCUCCUUCACACUCAACUACAUCGAAUGGACAUACGAGUAUUUUAUCCAAGAUCCACCUGUGCCUAUUAACUGUCCGAUUCAAGGAAAGUUCAAGUUCAUUCAAAGGGGUCAAGAGCAGGAAAAGUAUCAAACGAAAAUCCCCACUGGGAUGACCCCCAGACCUUGGCUGCAGGUCCUUUGUUAUAACUAUUGGCAGUCUAACCUCGAGGCGUGCCUGCACGACCCGAAAACAUUACAACUGGAUGUGGAGAAAUGUUGGCGGCUCGACUUUGCUGGACAGCCAAUCUCCGAAUACAAUGUGGUGGAUAAUUAUUUGACUUGUGUUGGAUACUGGAUGGAAGACACAAAAUCUAUUCUCAUCACAUACGAUAAGCAAGAUCCAGUAAUGAAUAACUUCCGAUGCUGGGUCUAUAAGCGAGUGGCCUUUCGCAAUUAUCUCAUGUCGCGGGGUCAAGGAAACCGCUGCUCAAAGAUACAGACUGCUGAAUCGUCAAUGCCAGAAGAAGGAGCCUCACUGCUUUUGGAGCUAACGGAAGAUGAGCUGCAGUUUGACGUUUGCCCCAUGUCUUGGGAUGACGGACGAAAUCCAUAUAGCAAUCCGGCCAUUUUGGAUGUGUACAGUGCAUCGAACCGUAAAACACUUGUAGGGUCUGCUAUUUUUGUUAUCAUGUACCUAACGCUUUUUAUAAAAGAAAUUUUCUGUCUCU